UGAGCGGAGCGGAGCAGCACCGCGACAGCGCCCGGGCCCGCGGCUCCUGCGCACAGACCCACUCGUCCUGACACCGCUGCGAGUUGGGCAGAGUCCCACCUGCAGUCGCCCCUCAUCUCGGCCUCGCAGUUCUUCGAGAUCUGGCUUCACUUCGACGCUGACGGAGCUAUCAUCUGAGAUGAAAGCUUUUGUGGAGCAGUACGGGCAGAAAGAUGAUGGAAAAAUAGGAAUUGUAGAGCUGGCGCACGUGCUGCCCACAGAAGAGAACUUCCUGCUUCUGUUCCGGUGCCAGCAGCUGAAGUCCUGUGAGGAGUUCAUGAAGACAUGGAGAAAGUAUGACACUGACCACAGUGGCUUCAUAGAGACCGAGGAGCUGAAGAACUUCCUGAAGGACUUGCUGGAGAAAGCAAACAAGGCGGUGGACGAUGCCAAGCUGGCCGAGUACACAGACCUAAUGCUGAAAUUAUUUGAUUCAAAUAAUGACGGGAAGCUGGAGUUAACCGAGAUGGCCCGGCUACUACCAGUGCAGGAGAAUUUUCUUCUUAAAUUUCAGGGCGUCAAAAUGUGUGGGAAAGAGUUCAAUAAAGCUUUCGAGUUAUAUGACCAGGACGGCAAUGGCUACAUCGACGAACACGAGCUCGACGCUCUGCUGCGGGACCUGUGCGAGAAGAACAAGCAGGACCUGGACAUUAACAACAUCCCCAACUACAAGAAGAGCAUCAUGGCCUUGUCCGAUGGGGGGAAGCUGUACCGGACGGACCUCGCCCUCAUUCUCUCUGCUGGGGACAACUAGAGCGUAGCCCGGCCACUCACUAGCGGUACACCUUACCUAAAAACUCCUGCGCGCGCGUUUCCUGUCAUAGCUGUACAUCUAACUGCCUACGAUAACUGUCCCGGUGUGUGCACAAUCCUUCCGCUUGUUUCUAUCUGCUUGUAAUGUACAGUUUUUGUAACCACAGGACUGAAAAGAUUGUCUAUGCUUAAGCCAGUCAAUACACCCAUUAAACAUAACCUGGCACAUUCCUGCUUUUGUACAUGGAGUUGGACAGCAUUUCCCUAAAAAAUUCAUCAGGAUUAAUCUCUACAACUUUAGUCACUGAUGUGUUAAUGCAAGUUUUUCACUGAAGCAUUCUUAAUUCAGACAAUCACAGGUCAAUCCCACAAAAUUGUUCGAAGCUGUAUCUCCAGUUGCUGGGAGGACUGUGCUUUCGCAUCUAGAAUACCCACAUGUCCACCCGUAGUUAGUUAAUGGGCCCCGGGAGCAGGAUGUAGUCCGUGAGCCGCACGUCUCCUGCUUGACCUCACCACGUGCUGGUCAGGCGAUUUGGUGACAAGACAGUGCCCGGCGGACGCCACACUGUGUCUGAUCCAUGAGCAUCUCCCACACACUUGUUUCGGAGGACAGCCUCAGCCCACUUUCUAAACGGUUUGCACGUGUUGGGGAUGACAAUUAUUCUAGAAAAUGCUGUUUGAUGUCGUGUCCUGUCCCCUCCGAUUAAAUCCCACAUGCCGAGCA